AUGAUAUUACAGACAGCAGUAUUAUCGACCACAACUUUAUUAACAACCACAAAUCAUUCCGCUGACAAUAUCGCGAAUUCGUUACGCAAUGUUUUAUCGGAGUGGGGCGUUCUGGAAAAAGUAACUUCAAUUGUGACGGAUAAUGCGGCAAGCAUGAUUAAAGCUUGCGAGCUACUUCAAAAACGAAACCUACCGUGUUUUGCGCAUUCUUUAACCUUAAUUAUUCAAGAUGCUUUAUCACAAGAAAACACAAAACCCGUGAUAAUGAAGUGUAAGCGUAUCGUUGGUUAUUUUAAAAGCAGCACAAUUGCUUAUGAAAAGUUUAAAGAGGCGCAGAAUGAUAAACAAUACAGUUUGCUCCAAGAAACUCCUACGCGAUGGAAUACUCCACAGACUCUUACUGCAGACGAAAUAGAAACUUUGAAAGAUUUGGUGGAAUUAUUUGGUCCAUUUCAUGAAGCUACUGUACAAGCAUCAGCGAGUGAUUCUGUUACAAUAUCAUUAAUAAUACCGCUUACGUGUGACCUUUACCAUAAAUUAAAUGAUUUGCAAACUAAUAUGAAAACGACAGAAG